AUGUCUGAACGAGGCUCGUUCCGAGGGGGUCGCGGUCGUGGAGGCCGCGGCGGCCAGGGCCAGCAGAAAAGUGGCGGUGGUGGCGGUGCACCACAGGAGAAGCCUAAGAAGGAAAAUAUCCUGGAUCUCAACAAGUACAUUGACAAGGAGGUUCAAGUGAAAUUCAAUGGUGGUCGUGAAGUCACUGGUGUCCUCAAGGGCUACGAUCAGUUGAUGAACCUCGUUCUCGACGAUGUCAAGGAGACUAUGCGUGAUGAGGAGGGCAACACGUCCACCCGCUCCAUGGGUUUGAUCGUUGCUCGUGGCACUCUGAUCGUAUUGAUCUCGCCUGCCGAUGGCAGUGAGGAGAUCCCCAACCCCUUCACCCAAGCGGAGGAGUAA